AUGGCGUUUGAGAGAGAUCUCAACUUGGAAGCCACGGAGCUCCGACUCGGCCUGCCGGGAACCUCGCCGGACAACCAAUCUUCUCCGAUCAACUCCAACAAAAGAGCUUUGCCGUCCGACGACCAAAACCUGCCGGAUUCCGCCCGAGAAAAUAACUCCGAUCCCACAAAAUGCACCCCGGAAAAUCCCCCUCCCACCAAGGCACAGGUUGUGGGGUGGCCGCCGGUAAGAUCGUUCAGAAAAAAUUCUUUUCAAGUGAAGAAAAAAGAUGAGGCGGCGGCGGUGGUGGCCGGAGGAAUGUUCAUAAAGGUGAGCAUGGACGGAGCUCCGUUUCUAAGGAAGGUUGAUCUCAAGAUCUAUGGAGGAUAUCCUGAGCUUCUUCAAGCUUUGGAGAUCAUGUUCAAAUUCUCUCUUGGGAAGUUUUGUGAGAGAGAAGGGUAUAACGAGUCGGAAUUCGUCCCGACUUAUGAAGAUAAAGAUGGCGAUUGGAUGCUCGUCGGUGACGUUCCAUGGGAGAUGUUUAUGAGCUCAUGCAAGAAGCUUAGGAUCAUGAAGGGAUCAGAGGCCAAAGGAUUGGGCUGUGGAGCAGUGUGAAGAAGAAGAAGAAGGAUAACUGCUCUGGUUUUUGGUCAUCGGAAAAGCUGUGAAACUUCAUCACAGCCGCCGUGGAUUUGCCGGCGGAGAUCCGCCGCCGGCCGCCUCUCCGAUGAUCUGAUCAAUUUCUUAGAGAGAGGCUGAUGAACAAGACCCGAAAAUAAUAAGGGAAUUAUUAUUUAUUAUUAUUUUUUUUUUGGUGAUUAUUCGUAUUAUUUUUUUUGGGGAAAUUAUGUUAAUUAAUUACCCAAAGAAUUUGUAUAUUUUAUAUGAUAUAAUCAUCAAUUCCAA